GAGUGUCAAAGUAUAGCUAAGUGCUACGAAGUUUCCAGUGAUUUCUAGUGCUAAAAUGCAGUUUUAGCUGUUUACUGAACAAUAAAUGGCACUCAAAUCGGACCCAAGUUUCGCCGGGCUCGGGCUGAAACCAUGGAUCGUCAAACAGAUGGAUAAACUAGGCCUUCGUCGACCAACGCCAAUCCAGCAGGCAUGUAUCCCACGUAUCCUGGAUGGCCAGGAGUGCAUAGGUGCAGCUAAAACCGGUUCCGGCAAGACCUUCGCCUUUGCCCUGCCGAUUCUGCAGAAACUGAGUGAGGAACCGACCAGUAACUUUGCCCUGGUGUUGACUCCGACGCAUGAACUGGCGCACCAGAUUGCGGAGCAGUUUUCCGUGGCCGGACAGCCGAUGGGCGUGAAAGUGUGUGUCAUAACCGGUGGAACGGAUCAGCUUCUGGAGGCCCAGCGACUGCAGAGCCGGCCGCACAUUGUGGUGGCAAUGCCGGGCCGAUUAGCGGCCCAUUUGACCGGGUGCAAUACGUACUCGUUCCGGGCGAUGCGAUUCCUGGUGGUGGACGAAGCUGAUCGGGUACUCAGCGGAAGCUUUGAUGAGGAUUUGCAAGAGAUUGAUCGAUUUUUGCCGAAGAAACGUCAGAAUUUGUUCUUUUCGGCUACGUUGAAGGAUUUCAUGCGGGAGAACAGUGUGUUUCCGAUCCGGGAGGAUGCGUUCGAGUGGACGGAGGAAAGCGAGGUGGCCACGGUGGAAACGCUGGAUCAGCGAUAUAUUCUGUGUGCCGAUUAUGAUCGGGAUAUGGUGCUGAUAGAGACAUUGCGGAAGUUUAAGGAGGACCACGAGGAGGCAAGCGUUAUGAUUUUUACAAACUCGAAGAAGGAUUGCCAAGUCCUGUCGAUAACGCUGAACUCGAUCGGGUUUGAUAACGUUUGCCUGCAUGGUUUUCUGAGGCAGAAGGAGCGGGUGGCGGCGCUGAACAAGUUUAAAUCGAAGCACGUUCGGAUUUUGAUCGCGACGGAUGUGGCCAGUCGUGGGUUGGAUAUUCCGAACAUCCAGCUGGUGUUGAACCACCGGUUGCCGAAAGUUCCGAACGAGUACAUUCAUCGAGUUGGGCGAACGGCCAGGGCCGGGAGGAAAGGUUUGGCGAUCUCGAUUUUUAGGUUCCCAAGGGAUUUGGAAUUUUUGGGUGAAAUCGAAGGAUUGAUCAAUACGAAGCUGACCGAGCAUUCGAUCGAUCAACGGUUGGUCGAGCGGAUCUUCAUGCAGGUUAGCGUUGCGCGAAGAGAGGCUGAAAUGAACCUGGACACCAAGGACUUUGACGAGAGGCAGCACAACUACAGGCGGAAGAAGUGGAUCGAGCAAGGAUUGGACCCGGACGAGAUGGACGCCAAGUGGAAACAGGAGAAGGAAGCUCGAGCGACCGAGAGGAAGGAACGGACGAAGAAGGAGAACGAGCUACGGAAACGAAGCAUUAAGAGCGGAGAGUUGGAUGAGCGUUUCAAGGGAGCAGCUGAUAGCAAAAAGUUCAAGAAACGAAAAUUUGUCAAACCGGAACAGUUGGACGAAAUGGUUAAGAAGAGUAAACUGAAUAGAAAGAGCGAUGGGAAAGCGAAAGGCAAAAAGGGGUCAAUGAAAGCGAAAAAGAAUAAAGCGUGA